AUGCCUGCGGGCCGCGUGACGCAGCAACACGCAGCGGGGAAGGAGGGAGCGCCGGGCUGGUCUGAACACUGCGUUGAGUGUAACCAGCCCAGGCCGGACAUCGCUCGUCACUGUUCGGUGUGCAAGCAGUGCGUGUGGGAGCGAGAUCACCACUGCAGGUACGUGGCGAACUGCUUGGGCCGCGAUAACGUGCAGGCGUUCAUGCUGAUGUACGUGGUGGUGCCCACGGUCACUCUCAUGCACCUCGCCAUACUGGUGGGCGGGGCGUGGUGGCGACAGCUCUCCCUGACGCUGUUCCAGUGCAUUCAAGGCGCCACCAGCUUAGGUAUCCACGUCUUCUUUGUGUUCUUCAUGGACGAGGUGCGAGGCCGCCGCCGACGCCUGAAGCAAAGGUACCCAGCAUUCUUCAGCGGAGAGCAGGACGAGUGGUUUGCUUGA